UGUGCGAAGCUGAUCUCAAGCACCAUUAACCAUUAAGGCCCACCUUGUGUUCCGUUUGAUCGAACACAGCGCUAUCAAUGCACCGACAGUAUACGGCUCGUAACAGUUACCAGAAAGCAACUGGCCUUGUUGGCACUCAGCCGAUCGAAAGGAUCUGAUUGCUUGGAGGUUAUAACCCGCAUGGCAUAACACGACACCAACACUAGGAUAAGCGCUACACACGAAUGGGCCAGUGGAUGACAUACGAACCACCUUUCCUUCCCCACUUCACCGUCGGAUUACCCAUUGUAUUGUUAAGUAAUAUGUAAUUUUAUCAACGUGACACAUUUUGUUUAACAAUAUAUUGUUCGAUCUUUCGAUGCAACCGAUGCCUUGCGUUCACACUUAGCAGCAAUACGUUCAAAUUUGUAACGAAGCGGCGGGGCGCAAGAGAGGGAAGAGAGAGAGAGAGAGAGUACGAACAAAAAAAGGAAAAGGCAUCCAUCUAGCGAAAGGAAGUGCAUCGAGAUAUGAGGCAAACAGAAAACAAACAACCCCGUUAAGUGAUAUUUUAAUUGUCGACAAACCAACUCCCGUAAAUUGAUGACGAGCGAGAUACCGGCCGGACGUACGCGCCACCAAACGGCGGACAUCGACGCGUAACAACACGAGCGUCCGGUUUAUUGUGGCAAAAGUGGCAAAUAAUAUCGUUGUCGUGUGUACUUUCGCCCCAUUUUUUGUUUUCGCUAGGCUGGAAAUUUGCCACCACUGUUGCCGCCACCAGUACCGUACCAGUGGUUGGAGGAAACAAACGAAAAGAGAGAACCACUACGCUGGAUCAUCGAACAGGAGCUGGACCCCCCCCGCCAGAGGGGAUCACUCCACGACCACGAGAUAGAGGAAUGCGUGUACCGUAGAGCAAGAAGCGAACACAGUUUGUAAUGCUUCACCGAACAAAUUAGAACAAAUAUUUUAGUAACCGAAACCGUAAUAGAGGCAACGCUAAUUAGCACAACACUACAACUACUCUUACUACUACUGCUAAAUCGAAAGCGAACAUAAAACGGUUCACGGUCGCUUGAGCGCACUUGAGCGACUGCCCCGGAGCUCCGAGAAGAAGCUGUAAAUGAUACGAUCGUGUGUUGGAGAGCAUUUGGCGAAUAUUGAACACAAGCGUCACAACAAGGAACGGCACACCGCUGCCGUUGUGCUGCCACAAGACGCAAGGCACCGUUUUCGACCAUUUUGUAUUCUUCAGCCAGUUGCGGUAGAAUCCCUACCCGUUUAUAGUAGCCGUUAAGUCCACGUUAGUCAAAACAAACAAUAUCGGCUUGAGCAGUUGAGAAAAAAAGGUUAGGAAGCAAAGCAGAAUUCAGGCUCUGCCAAUGACAACUUAAAAUCUUCGAUUAGACGCUUCAGCCAGAUCAGAUAAUCCGCUGAAAAGGCAGAGAGAGAGCGCGCGUGUGAGUGUGCAUCAGGGUGGCAGCUUGGUCGCGAACGACAAUACCUUCGGUUUUUGCCGGAAAACUACUACGCACAGUCAGACGAUGCGAUCCAUCAACGAUAUCCGAGGGUCGUCGUCGACGCUGUCGGGUGCGCCCAGCUUAACGAUGAGCAAACCCAGCUUGAACAACAGCAAGGCGAGCCUCACACACAGCAGACAGAGCAUCAGCAAUUCGAAUCGGGAAGACAGACCACCAACCAGAGAGGAGCUGAUUGCCGAGUUUCUGGAUAAGGCAAAGUUCUACACAUCCCUCUGUCUAGGUACGACGGCCAUCCUGUCUGUGUUUGCAUUUCUCUUUCUGAUACCGUUUGUGGUGGAUCCCGCAAUAUCUACGAUCGUGGCGGAUUACGACCCAAUACCGGUGACGUGCGUCGUGACGGACCACGUGUACGCGGAAGGGAUGCGCAACUGCACGUGGAGCUCGUGUCGGGAAGGUUGUACGACCGCCGCGAUCCGGUGUCACCAGCUGCUGGUUAACUACACCAAGAUAGCGUUUCACGAAUGGCACAAACAUCCGCGAGAUCUGGACAGCAUCGAGUGGGACGUCAUGGAUACGAAGUUUCUCGUCAACACCGAAGGCUGCGGGUAUCCACCACGGGUGAACUGUUCGGAAUUUGCUAAACAGUACGGUUACUCGCACGUUGGUGAACCGUUUCCCUGCUACUACAGUCGUGCCUACCCAGAAAUCGUAGUUGCUCGCUACUCCUGGGAUGACAAUCUGAAGCACCUGAUACUAUCGCUGAUCAUACCGAACGUGCUGUUCGCUGUGUCAAUCGGUGUUCUGAGCUACUGGUAUUGUCCUUGCUGUGAUAAAGCCUGCCACAAGUCGCCUCGCGUCUACGCGGAAAAGUAUCCUACGAAAGAGAACAAACUUCUAUGCCGUAGUGACGAUGAGGAAGACGAACUAGACUACUGAAAAAUAAAAAAAUACACACACACCGUCUCUCUCUCUCACACAAACACACACGAUACACAAGUUUACACAUUUUACAAAUGUUUCACCACAAAGCAGCGGAUUUUUGCGUUUUUUGUUUUGGAUAAAGUACACUUUCACACGGUAUAUUUUAAAUGUUCGAAUUCAAAUAGCAAAAACUCGACUAUUUUGAGUUUUUAUCCAUGUAUUUCUCUUGUUUUUUUUAAUACACAUUCCUCCGUGACUCCAGUGAUGUGGAGUUUGGGAGUUUUGCUAAGUUUUACUGUUCCUUUUGACUGAUCGUAUACAUACCGUCGCGGCCAAGUCUCGGUGAGGAGGCACACGAGCCUGCCAAGGCUAUCCAUCGACUAGUGAUGGUAUUGCAUACAUCAGCAAAACCAACAGGACAACGGAUUCGUUUAAACCCAAAGCUAGAAAGAGUCGUGGAAAAUUGAAUAUCCACAAUCGGAGUUCAUCCAAUAGCAAGUGAGAACGGCUAGAGCAGAAUCGUAAAGGAUAACGGGAGGGAAUCUAUGUGUAUGGGGAUGGCAUACGCGGACCUACUGGUCGUCCGAGCGGUCCUCAGGUCGCAGGGCAACAAAUUGCGGAGCACACCACGCCAUACACAUCACGGCCAUCGCCGGCCACACGAUCGGGCUUCAAUGCAUCAUCAUCAUCAUCAUCCUGUUCAACCUAUGUACCAGUGUACACCACGCCGGGGAUCAACAAGAAUCAAUCGUGCAUCGCCGUUUGUAGCAUCGUUAGCGUGGAAUUGUUAAGUUUACAUUACUUCUUUCGAUUGGCAAAACACAAAACAAACCCGAAACGAAUCUCACAAACUGUUAAACAUCAUCUCUAUAGUUAGACACGCAAACAGAAUAGAAAGAUUAGCCAGAUUAGCCGCGGAUAGUAUUUUACCGGCGAGAGUGUUUUUUUCUUCUAUUUUCUAUUAAAAAAGAAACACACCAUUCACAUAGGAUACUACUUCCUCUCGAGGCAGUUUUUAUCCUUCCCCUCCCACGUUAUUGUUAUUUCGAUAUGGAACUGUUAAACCCAACACGCCUAUAAUAGGACUCUCAAACAGAAUAAAAGGCACGUGUGGUGGAGUAAGACGAAGCUAAUUUCGAUAUUUUUUUAGAUAAAAAAAACAGCUUCAGAAUCAAGGGCUCGCGAAGAAAAUGCAAGAAAAACGAUACAGUGGUUAAAUCAACAUUAUCAACCAAAAAAAAAAAGAGAAAUAACUUCAAAAGCUAAACCAGCUUAAUCAUUACAAAAGUAUGUCAGACAACUCUUACGCAAACAAACAAACAAAAU